AUGCGGGUGAAGAUCAUACGCCUUUGGAAACAGUUUACUGCUGCUGGUGGUUUAACCAUAGAGAUGGUUCUUAUUGAUGCUAACGGUGAUAAGAUUCAUGCAACUGUGAAGAAAGAAUUGGUUAACCAGUUCGAUCCCUUUCUUGCUGAAGGGAAAACAAAGAUGAUGAUCAACUUCUCACUAAAUCACUCAUGCGGUUCCUACCGAACAACAAGUCAUCCUUACAAGAUCAGUUUCCUUGCGACAACCCGUGUCAAAAUCUGUGAGGAUUUGCCAAGAGCUAUUAAUGGGUUUCAACCUGUUAAUUACCGUGAGAUUCUUGAUGGUUCACUCAACUCGGAUCAUUUGGUUGAUGUCAUAGGUCAGGUAGUGGAAGUUAGCCAUGUUGAUGUGUUGUCGGUGAAUGGAAAAGACACCCAGAAGAUAACGUUGGAACUACGUGAUCUUGAGGAUGUUCGUCUUCCACUUGUGUUGUGGAGAAAAUUUGCUUCUAAUGUCAGUAAUGCGAUGCAGACCCGUCGUGAUGAAGCACUAAUUUGUGUGUUGAGAUUUGGGAAGAUAAAAGUUUGGAAAGAUGAUCGUAGCAUUUCAAAUGAGUAUAAUGUUUCAGAUGUCAGUUUGAAUCCAUACAUGACUGAGGUUGAAGAGUUUAAAUCUAAGUAA